ACUGAGGGGUACGAGCAGCUGAUCCCCUGCACCGCAGACUAGCACCAGCCGUUCUGGAUGAUACCAGCCGGGAGCAUGGAGGUGAAUGCAACUGAUAAAGCUUUCCUUUCAGUUGAUGGCACCGCGACACUCACUAGUUGUAGCUAUCAUUCCGCCACAGUUGAUGCGUCUUUGCAAUGCACGCAUCCAGAGUCCAAGGCGCGGGUGGUACGCUCCUCCAGCACUGGAAAGCGACCCUCCUCGUCUGAACGCAAACCCCGGAGAUCUCUAGACCCUCUCUCUCAGCUGCAUAAAACAAAGCAUAUGAGAUAUGAGGUUAAGAAUGACGAGCUGGUGAGCGUGAAACCCAGUCAUUACCGGCGUGUAGUAGUGCUUGGCGCGCCCCGAGUGGGGAAAACAGCGCUGAUACGCCGCUUCUUAGGUGAAGAAGUGUUCGAGGAACAUUACGAGCCAACAAGCGAAGACUUUCACAGCAAACUGUACCACAUCCGAGGAGAAAGAUACCAGCUAGACAUCCUGGACGCGUCCAAAGAGAGAGACUUUCCUGCCAAACGAAGACUGACUAUUUUAACUGGUGACAUCUUCCUGCUGGUGUUCAGCGUGACUGACCGAGACUCUUUCACAGAGGUUUGCUCAUUACGCGAGGAGAUUUUCACAGCCAAAUCCAAGUUGACCAAAUCCAAAGAAAACAGACAGCUUCCAAUAAUAAUCUGCGCCAAUAAAGCAGACGUGGACUCCCCGAGAGCUGUGCAGCGCUCAGAUGUCGCCCAGUGUCUCGGGGAGGACAGUGUCCUUUUUGAGGUGUCCGCAAAAACCUGCACCAACCUUGAGGAGAUGUUUGAGACCCUGGCGGUUCUGGGAGGCCUUCCGACAGAAACCAGACCCUCUCUACAUCGAGACAUCUCUAUCCACACGUACCACGCCCUGAGCAGCAGAAAGAGAAACAAGCGCGCCGUGAACGAACCGUGUGGAGCCGUGCACCCGCUCGCGCGCAGACCGAGCUUCAGCAGUGACUUACGUCGCGUCCUGGGUCCGAGCACCCCGAAAAAGAGCACACCAAUUGAGAGGUGUCAGAUACAGUAAAAGAGUCACACUAGGGACUCUGAUUCAGACCUAUGAAUAAUAAUUAUUCACCUAUGUAAGAAUUAUUAAAUUCUACAUGUCCCUGGCUGGACCAGAGGACAGAUAAUGCUAAGUACUAUUUAUGAAAUGUUUUGAUGGAAAAUCAGGCUCGAGAUAGCUGGUUUAAACUGGUCAUUAGCUGGUGUAACCCAACUUGUGAAUCAGCAACAAACUACGUCAUCGUAAAAAGGUUAUUUUAACCAUAUACCUCAUUCAACCUAUAAUGAGCUUUACUGGUAUACAUGGAUGUAUAGGUUGAUUGUUAUGUAAAAUAUUUUUACACAAAUAAAACUAUUUCAUGAAGAUGUCUCCAUACUCAUUUAAGUGGUGGUUGCUUUAAAAAACUAACAAAUUAAAGUGACAGUUGAUUAUAUGUGUUUGAUUUUUAAUUGUUUAUUAUUUUAAUAAUUUUAAUACUAGUUUUGGGUAGAUUGUUUAAUCAACAAAAACAAGAGUUCUGAAUUGAAUAAAACCACUUAAUAUCGCUGAUUGUUUUUGUUAACAUUUAAGUGACUUUAAAUAGCUAUAUCAAAUGAUGCAUGCCUUUUUAUUGCACUGGUUGAUUUAGUGACCAUAAUUUAGCUUACCUAAAUACUGUUUUUGUCUUGAUCUUUCCACUUACCAUAAAAUUGAUAACUCUCAUUUAUUAGCUAUUUAUACUUUUAUCCUAAAAUGAGAUUUGCUGAGUGUCUGGUCAACCAGUUACAAACUAGUUUGGACAAACUUAAAUGGCUUCAAUUCUUUUCAGCAAAGAAAUGUUAAAAAGUAAGCGCUUGUGUGUGUUUUCUUUACAUUUAAUGUAUUACCUCUAAUUUGUUUACACGUUUCUUAGCUAUACUAGCUAAAACUUCAAUAAAAUAUGCUUCUGUUACUUGAUAUUGAACAUACAUUACCUCAUUUUCGUUUCCAGUUGUUUUGUAUCACUGACAAUAAAAUAUUCGUGUCUCAAGAAA